GAUUAUGUUUUACUAUCGCCUGUAGCUUUGAUACUAUUCUCUCCUUAGUUGGUUUAUACGAGCUAGGUUGUGAAGAUGAGGCGACUUUUGAUGCUGCUUUUCAUCGCACAGGCAGUUCUUGGUGUAAAAAAAUACUUCAUACCAAAUAUAGCUGCAAAUUGGCAUAAGGCGCAAGAGUUUUGCAUCUCGCUGGGGAUGACUUUGGUUUCGGUGGAGUCCUUGGCAGAGCACGAGGCACUGGUCAAGUUCAUAAAACAGUCGGACAAAUUUUCGAACGCAACUCGUUUCUGGCUUGGUGGAAGUGAUUUAGCAAAAGAGGGAACCUACACCUGGGUUUCCAGUGCUAGGUUUUUCACCUUUCAAAAUUGGGCAGACGGCGAACCAAAUAACGGGAAUGAUACCGAGCACUGUAUUGAGAUGAUUCAUAACAUCUAUGUGAAUCGUGUGUGGCAGUGGAAUGACAUAAAUUGUCGCACAUUUGAAGCGUAUUUCAUCUGUGAGAGUGUGGAUUCACAGUGUAUACAAAAUUUCUAACGUCGAAAUAAACGCUAUUUUGUGAUUCAAUGUUAAUGUAAACUGAUAUUAGGAAUCUUCGUUGUAAAUUAAAUCAAAAUUAUAUGCUAUUAUUAUUAGUAUCAUAUUUUAUGUUCCUUUAGUUUCGUCCACAGAUAAAUAGACAUCUUAUUUCAUUUGAACCGUUGAUUACCAAAUGAAUCAAA